CAGUUUCCGCGCGGAAUCUCGUCGGAAGCGCCGCGUGUCCAUCGCGGUCGCAGGUCGCAGCGGGGCUCACGAGGCUGGAUCACGAGAGGCUCGAUCGGGAUCGCGGACGACGACGGUGGCAGUAGAGAUCCACGCACGGGGAUCAGAUAGUAGAGGAGGAGAUGGCUGCCGUUCUUAGGAGAAAACUCCGUGUCGUAUCGGGCGCACUCACCGGCAACGGCAAUACGCCGUUGCUCGUCGCUGCGCGGUCCCUGACAAGGUCAUCGGUACGCGGGGACAUCAGCGAGGGAUGGAUCAGUAAACUCCUGGUGAGGAAAAUCGAGCCCACGAAAGAGUCGCAUUCGCGGAUGCUCUCCGACAAGGAGGUCAUUUACGCGCUGCACACUCACAACAUUCGACCGGACUCGAUCGACAAAUAUCUGACCAACUAUGAGGAAAAUGUUAAUCUUAUACACUCCAAAAAAUCUGAUUUGAAUUGUGAGUUGGUUGGUUCAUGGACAGUCGAAGUUGGAGACUUGGAUCAAGCUUUACAUUUGUGGCAAUAUACAGGUGGCUAUGAAAGCAUAGAUCACGCACAGGCUGAACUUUCAAAAGAUGAGGCUUAUAAACGACUGCUCAGGGAAAGAGGGAAUUAUUUAAGAUCACGUCAUUUACAAUAUCUGUUGGCGUUCAGUUACUGGCCACCACUAGUCAAGCGUACAGAUUCAAAUAAGUAUGAGAUACGCAGUUACAGCUUGAAACCAGGCACAAUGAUAGAAUGGGGAAACAAUUGGGCCAAAGCUAUCAAUUACAGACGCAACAAUGACGAGCCUUUUGCCGGUUAUUUUUCACAAAUUGGUAGAUUGUACAAUGUUCAUCAUAUUUGGUGUUACAAAAAUCUUCAAUCGCGCAAAGAAACGCGCGAAAGCGCUUGGCGAUCACCUGGUUGGGACGAAUGUGUCGCUUAUACAGUACCUUUGAUAAGAGAAAUGCAUUGUCGCAUAUUAAAUCCGACCACGUUUUCACCUACGCAAUAAAGUUUUACGCAAGAUGUACGCGAACGCGUAAAUGCAUUUGUAUAUUACCGAUCAUUUCUUAUAUACAUAUAUUGAUUGUAAUAUUGUAAAAAACAUUUGUUACAUGUAUACACUGUAGAUGUAAUAACUAUGUCAACUAUACGCGCAACUUGAAGAAAACUACAAAUUUUUGUUGUAUUACAACUGGCAGAAAGUGUAAUUUGUUACUGUUAGAAUUUGCAACAGGAGCGUUUUAUAUAUGUAUAUAUACAUAUAUAAAAAUACGCUCAUAUGCAUAUACGUCAUAUUUUCGUAAUGUCAGUUAAAAAGCACAUUUAUAUAUUAUGUAUAUAAAAUUUUAUACAUAUGUAUCUUAUAUAUAUUCUAUGUACAUAUAGUAUAUGUAUAGAUACACAUGUAUACAUACAUAUGCGUGUAUAGAAGAAUAUAAACAAAUGAUCUUUAUACCUUUA